UUUUUUUUUUCAACUUCCUUUGGCCCUUAUCAAACAUGGCUAACAACAAGGCGAAAGGCCGAUCCGAUCCACUAUCGUCUGCAGAACAGGGCCAAGGCCGGGGUUCGCUGGGCGAAAACAAUGACAAUCUGCCACAGGAAUGGACUGCUCUGCUUAGCCAACAGCGUCGUGCCUCACAGAAUAAUGGAGAUAAAAGCAAUGGAAAACGUUCAACUAAACAUGCAUUGUCAGGUCAUAUGCGGAAGACCAUCAUUAUUGCACUUACUUCGAUCUCUGGUGUGCUUUUGGUGAUUCUCGCAGUGACUUUAAUUAAUAAAAUUGGUUCUGUACCAACUUUUGAAAAGAGCACCCCUAGUCUAGUCAAGGCAAAGCACGGGGCUGUGGCCGCAGAGGAAAUCCAUUGCUCUGAAAUUGGUGUGCAAGUCCUGAAAGACGGUGGUAACGCAAUGGAUGCUGCGAUUGCCUCUUGUCUCUGUAUUGGUACUGUUAAUAUGUUUUCAGCGGGUAUUGGUGGUGGUGGGUUCAUGACAAUUCGUCUGCCGAACGGGACAGUUGAAGUGAUUGACUUUCGGGAGACAGCGCCUGCGGGGGCCAGACCAGAUAUGUACAAGAAUAAUCCUAUCCUUGCGCAGAAGGGAGGCCUCUCUGUAGCCGUGCCUGGUGAAAUUCGAGGCCUUGCUUUGGCUCACAGUCGUUAUGGUAAACUGCCUUGGGAAAGAUUGUUCGCACCAUCAGUUAAGAUGGCUAGAGAGGGCUGGGCUGUCGGACCGGAACUGGCGAGGCGUCUUCAGCUGUACAGGGUUUUGAUGGAGACGGAGCCAGAUUGGUCGGCCAUCUUUGCGCCCAACGGUACUGUUCUUCGAGAGGGGCAGUGGAUCAAACGUGAGGCGUUAGCAAAUACACUGGAGACCAUUGGCAAAGAGGGUGCCGACGCUUUUUACACCGGUCCCAUCGCACAAAGCAUGGUCGAUCACAUUAAGGCUAACGGUGGUAUCUUGGACAUGGCUGACUUGAAAUCCUAUAAGCCCUUAAUCAAAAAGCCAAUGAUUGGCUAUUAUCAAGGACGAAAAAUUUACACUACACCAGCACCAACGAGUGGACCUGUAUUAAUCAGCAUCCUUAAUAUCCUGGAGCGAUACGAUUUGGGCCGAUUCAAGGAGAAUGCUAAUGUGGAAGCUCACCGUCUUGUUGAAGCCAUGAAAUUUGCCUACGCACAGAGGACAGAGCUUGGUGACCCCGAUUUCACUGAUCUAGAGGACAAGAUCCAAAACAUAAUAUCGAAAGACACUGCAGGCAAAAUCCGUGCCAAUAUUUCAGAUGAUCGCACGUUCCCUGUGGAAUACUACAAUCCUCAUUGGGGACCUAUUGAUAACCAUGGAACGACACACUUGUCAGCAGUUGAUCAGGAUGAUAUGGCUGUGGCUCUGACUUCAACUGUGAACUUGAUCUUUGGCUCAAAGCUGAUGGAUCCCAAGACAGGUAUUAUUCUCAACGAUGAGAUGGAUGACUUUUCGAUUCCUGGUACCCCUAAUGCGUUUGGACUAUAUCCUUCACCUUUCAAUUACCCCGAACCUGGUAAACGCCCGCUGUCCUCGUGCGUACCUACCAUCGUUGAAAGAGAUGGCAGCUUUGAGCUGGCUUUGGGAGGAAGUGGUGGCUCCAGAAUUUUGACUUCUGUUCUUCAGAUAAUGCUGAACAUCUAUAAUCACAGAUAUAAUGUGAUGGAAGCUAUUGAGGCGCCGAGGGUUCACCACCAAUUGAUGCCCGAUUUUCUAGAUAUUGAAUCUGGAUUCUCUUCAUCCGACAUUGAAUUUUUGCGUGCACGAGGCCACAAUGUCACUGUGUCGGAUAUUCGAUUGGCCAAGGCUGAGGUGCAGGCUGUGCACCGAUCAGAAUUUGAUGGGCUAAUUCAUGCGGCGAGUGAUUCGAGGAAACAUGGGAUUGCAGCUGGCUACUAAGAGCAUGUUGAAUCAAAUAUUAUAGACAAAAUGCAUGUGUCCAACUUCACACAAACAUUCAUCGUAUCAUAAAUGUAUAUUUUUAGAGCUUAGUGCUGCUGCGUUUUAAUAACAAUAGUAUAAUAUAUUUAUAUAAAUAAAUACAUAUUCAAGGC